AUCCUAUUGGUCGUUUCACAUGAGGUUGUUGUUUUUGUAGAGAAGUAGGAAGCCGAAGCCUUGAAUUUGGGCGUGAAGUGGUCCAAUGAAAGCAAAGCUGAAAAAAUACCCGUAGAUUUACUCACCGGAUAUUUUAAAACGCAAAAUUGUCGUUUGGUAUAUAAUUCAACGACUACUUUUCUUGUCGGGCACCAGAAUAUUUUCCUACUGCAUGGUUGGAGGUGACGGGUGAAGAUGGCCCUGGAUGAGAGAGCACACGCCUGUCUCCUGAGGUCCCGCCACAAACUGGAGGAGGUCAUGAAGCCGGACGUCCUGUUGGACCACAUGAUCAGUGAUGAAGCCGUCACGGUCGAGGAAGAGGAUACGAUCACUAAUCAGAAAACCAAGAAGGAACAAGCUGCAGCUCUGGUCGAGCUCCUGCUGAAAAAAGGCAAUUCCUGCUUUAAAUCUUUCUACAACGCUCUGCUUAAAGAAGAAUACGAGGAGUUGGCCUGUCUGCUGACAAGUCAUCUGCCGCCGACCCAGAUUAACAGCAACCCUCAAUAUCACGUCCAGACCGUGCUCAGUGAAGGAGGCGUGCCCCCAAGACCCGAGGCCUUUGUACACAGGCCAACAGAGGAGGAUGAAAUCAGGGAGAAACUCUACAAGCUCCAGAAGCAGCCUGGUUGGGUUACAGUCUUUGGCAUGGCUGGUUCGGGCAAGUCAGUUCUUGCUUCUGAGGCAGUCAGACACAAAGCCCUCAUCGAAGAGUGCUUCCCUGAAGGGAUCCACUGGCUGUCCAUCGGCCGAUUGGACAAACCGGACCUGCUGACUAAGAUCCAGACUUUGUGUUUUCGUUUGGAACAGAACCUGGAUUCACAGCCGUUCCACCGGCCCCCCAGCACUCUGGACGAGGCCAAGGAACGGUUGCGCUUCCUCGUGAUCCGAAAAUAUGCCAGGUCUCUCCUGAUUCUUGAUGACGUCUGGGACAGCACGGUGCUGAAGGCCUUUGACAUCAACUGUCGGAUUCUUCUGACCACCAGAAAUCGCUCCCUUGCCGAUGUUGUUAAUGGUAAUAAACACGAGGUGGAGGUGAACUCUGGCGUGGAUGAGGACAAAGCUCUGGAGAUUCUCUCUCAACUCUCCAAAGUUGAGAGAUAUAAACUUCCCGUGGAGGCUUUAAGCAUCGUCAAAAAAUGCAAAGGCUCCCCCCUGGCGGUGUCCAUGAUCGGCUCUCUGCUCAGGGAGAAUCCCGACCGCUGGGGUUAUUACCUCGGACAGCUGGAGAAAAAACAGUUCCGGCGCAUCAGGAAGUCGAGCUCCUAUAACUACGAGGCUUUGGAUCAGGCUAUGGCUGCAGGGAUUGAAGACUUACCUGAUGACUACAGAGAGCUCUACAACCAUCUCGCUGUCCUGCACAAGGACAUCAAAGUCACAGCCAAGCUGAUGUCUGUUUUUUGGGAUUUGGAUCAAGUGGAAGCCGAGGACAUCCUCUCCGAUUUUGUCAACAGAGCCAUGCUUUUUGUUGACCAACCCAACGUUUUCUACCUCCAUGACCUCCAGCUGGACUUCUUAUUGGAGCAGAAUAAAAACCAGCUACAGAGCCUUCACACAAAGGUGGUGCGCCUUUACCAGCACCGCUACAAAGACGGUCCUCCGACCUCAAGAGAUGAGGAGUCCCUUUACUGGAUCAGAUACUUGGCUUACCACAUGGCCAAUGCUAACCUUUCCCAGGAGCUGCACUCCCUCCUGCUCUCGCUGGACUGGAUCAGCGUGAAGGGACAGAUAAUGGGACCGGCCCACCUGAUUAAUGACUAUUUGGAGUAUGGAUCCAUUCUGGACAAAGAGAACAGCGAAAUGUGCAGCGAGUUCCAGGAGUUCCUGUCUCUGAGCGGCCACUACCUGGAGCAGCGUCCUUUCCCCGACAUCGUCCAGCUGGCGUUGUCUCAGCCCCACACCUCCGAGGUUUACAGACAAGCUCGGCUGCUGGCACAGGAGAGGGCCAAAGACGGGAAGCUCUACUUUGACGUCACAAAUGAGACCAGUGUAGAGAGUCUGUCCCGCUUGGUGAUUCAUCCUUACCAAGGCUCUCUGUUUGCCAGUUUAUCGAACGAUGGGACAAAAAUUGCCUCGUGUGGAGCUACUAAGAACGUCAAGGUGUUUAAAGCCACUUCAGGAGAGAAACUUACAGAGAUCCAGCUCUGUGAUGAAGUGGUCUGCUGUGCCUUCUCCCCUGAUGACAGUCUGCUGGCAGUCUGUUCAAGUGCAAAGACAAUCCAGGUGUGGAGCGUAGAUAAAGGGAUUGUUUUGAGGACCUUUCAGGAGGAGCAUCAAGGGCAGAUCAACCACUGUGUUUUUACCAACACAACACACCGCCUCCUGCUGGCCACCUGCUCUAGUGGAGAGUUAUUAAAUGCCAUGCUGUGGAAUCUUAACAAGCCUACCUCUCAGAACACAAUGUUUGGCCACUUUGAAACGGUCAACCACUGCUGUUUCUCCCCUGAUGAUGCUUAUGUAGCCACGUCGUCCAAUGAUGGUACUGUUCAGCUGUUUGAAGUUCCAUCUGGAAACAACUGGAAGUCAAUCGAUGUGAAAGGCGCGUUUAAAGACGUGGAUGAUGACGACGAGGUGGCGGUCAGGUGCAGCAGCUGGACUGCUGACGGCAAACGCAUCGUGUGCGCUGCCAGAAAUGCUGCUUUGAUGUUUGAUGUGGAAACGGCAGACUUGCUCUUGGAGAUCAGACCCAGUUUUUUCAGCACGGUUCUACAUUGUGACGUCUGCCCUACUAGUAACCUGCUUGCUUUGGCACUUUCCAAUUAUGCUGUGGAGCUUUGGGACAUCGAGGAAAACACGAAGAAGGCCGAUUGUAGCGGUCACCUCAGUUGGGUGGAGCGCGUGCAGUUCUCCCGUGACGGCUCCCAGCUGCUGUCCAGCUCAGAUGAUGAGACUAUCAGGUUGUGGGAGACUAAGAAGCUCCACAUGUCCUCGGCGGUCUUCCUGAAGAGAAACUCUGAUGUUCUGUUCAAUGACAACAACAUUAUCGUGUCUGCUCCGGACCACUGCAACAGACUGCAGGUUCGGGAAGGCAGAACUGGAGACGUGCUGCUGCAGUCUGAGAAGAAACCGUCCAGGAUCCGAUGUACCUGUCUGUGCAGGGAUCCGCCUGUGGUGGGGCUGGGCCAGGAGGACGGAACCGUGCAGGUGUUGGAGGUGCCCUCUGGAAAGCCUCUAGCCACCCUGUUGGGUCACACCAAGACGGUGCUUCACUGCCAGUUCACCCACAACGGCCAAACGCUCAUCACAUCAUCUGAGGACUCCACCAUAAGGGUGUGGAAGUGGCCGUCGGGCGAGUGUCAAGUCCUUCAGGGCCACAAAGAGCAAGUCAGAUGCUUCGCUCUGCUCUCCUCGUCUUCCAACGACUCCAGACUGCUGUCCUGGUCUUUCGACGGGACCGUCAAGGUGUGGAACACGGAAAGCGGACAGAAGCUGCAGGACGUCGACGCUCACCAGGGAGCCAUCCUGUCCUGUCAUGUCUCACCAGAUGGAAGACUCUUCGCCACCUCCUCUGCAGACAAGACCGCUAAGUUGUGGCACUGCGAGGCCUGGCAGUGGGCCUUCACCCUGACGGGGCACCGGGAAUGCGUCCGAAGCUGCAGAUUCUCAUGGGACAGCGAAUGCCUCGCGACAGGAGACGACAAUGGAGAGAUCCGGCUCUGGAAUGUCAAUGACGGUUCGCUUCUGCGGGUUUGUUCCCGGGAAGUGAAGGACAGCACGGACUCCUUCCAUGGAGGCUGGGUGACUGAUCUGCACUUCUCUCCAGACAGCUCUCUUCUGGUCUCAGCUGGAGGCUAUAUCAAGUGGUGGGACGUGAAGGCCGGAGUCGCCCUGCAGACCUUCUACCCAAAAGGAAACGCUCUGAGGAAGAUCCACGUGUCGUCAGACUUCUCCACCUUCGUCACCGUCGACAGCAUCGGCAUCCUCUACGCCCUGCAGAGAGUACCAUGACGACCCCUCCUCCAGCCCCAUCAAGCAAAAAUACACUUUCACUUGAGAAUGAACUAUGAAGCUUUUUUUGGCUAAAUGAUUUUGUGUUCAAAUGUGGGAAAGCAGCUUUUGAGUUUGAAGAUGGAAUAAAGUGAAGAGGAAUGCACAAAAAAGCCAACAAAUAUCUCUGAUGGAGGAGAAACGAUACCUUUAUGUAGCAUUAAAGGCAGUUAAGUUUUUCUCACAACAGUCCUUUUUUAACCUUCGGUAGCUUUAAACUGCAUGUAAGCUGGUGAAAACGAGUUUUAAUAAUGCAAACAUCUUUUCUUUAAAUCAAAUCUGUGAAUCUAUCUGUACUUUCAAACCAGAAAACUUUCUUGACUUAUGAUUAAUAAUCCAGCUGCCUUUUAGAAAUACUGUCAACUUUGCGCCCCACUUUUUUAAUGAAUAUUUUUACCUGUUUGUCUUACUACUAAACUUUCUCUAAUCUUGUCAGGGAUGCUUUAGUGAGAGACUUCCACUACUUUUAUUCUUAUUUAUAUGUUGGAGAGCUGUGUCUCCUUAGCAGAGGAAAUCCAUCAAACCCGCACAAAGUCGUGAACUUCUGUGAACAAAAGCCGGCAGCGUUUUGUGCCGACUUCUUUUCUCUUGGUGCUGUAAAAUUGCUCAGGAUUUAUUGAAACUGUAAUUUAAUGCGCGACACAGAUGUGUUUUACACAGAAUAAAACAUUUUCUGUUGUA